AUGGCCUGGAGUAAAGUACCUCUACUCUUGCAUGGAUUUCUCCUGCUGGUUCAGUGUAAACCCUCCCUGCAAGGAGGUACAGGAAUCUACAUACCAGCUGGUGCAGGGGGAGGAACUGGAGGUGGAUUAGGGGGUGGUCUUGGUACUGGAGCUGGAUUUGGUGCUGGAACCGGUCCAGGAGGUGGAUUUGGUGCUGGAAUCAGAAGUGUUGGGCCGGGAGUUGGUCCUGGAGGAGUUGGAACAGGAUUAGGUCCAGGUGCUGGUCCUGGUGGUCUUGGAAUAGGGCCAGGAACUGGCAUAAGACCUGGAACUGGUUAUGGAGGUGGUGGUCCUGGGGGGCAAGGUACUGGACUGGGUGGUGGAGGCCUUGGAGGAGUUGGGCCUGGUGUUGGAGGUCUUGGGGGAGUUGGACCUGGUGUUGGAGGGCUUGGGUCAUUCAUCAAGCCACCUAAAACAGGAGGAUAUGGAGGUCUACCAGGAAUUGGACCAGGUGGUACAGGUGUGGGUCCUGGAUCACUUGCACCUGGAGUAGUUGGUCCUUCUGGGAUUGGUCCAGGAGGCAUUGGACCGGGCGGAAUAGGACCUGGUGGCAUUGGACCAGGAAGUGUCGGACCUGGAGGGAUUGGUGCUGGUGCUGGAACUGGAGGCCUUGGAGCAGGUGCUGGUGGCAAACCUCCUAAACCAGGUUAUGGGGGUAUUCCAGGCACUCUUGGAACCGGAGGUCUUGGUGGUCUUGGACUCAGGCCAGGGGGUUCUGGCCUUGGAGGUUUAGUACCUGGUGGCUUUGGUGUUGGCCCUGGAGUUAGUGGCAUUGGCACAUGGGUACCUAGACAAGGUGUGGGCACUGGUGUGGGAGGGUUUGGCCCUGGUGGAGUUGGUCCAGUAGGUGCUGGAAGAGGUGUGGGAGGAAAACCACCAAAAACAGGUGUCAGCACUGGAGGUAUAGGACCUGGUGGCAUUGUUCCUGGUGGAGUUGGACCAGGUAGCGUCAGGCCAGGUGGCAUUGUCCCUGGUGGCACUGGACCUGGUGGCAUUGUCCCUGGUGGCAUUGGACCAGGUGGCAUUCUCCCAGGUAGCACUCUCCCAGGUAGCAUUGGACAAGGUGGCAUUGUCCCUGGUGGUGCUGGACCAGGUGUCUUGAGUCUUGGUUAUGGUGUGCCUGGGGGUUUUGGUGGUGGACCAUUUGGAACAGGAAGUCUUGGAGCAGGUGCUAUUCCACUUACACCUGGAGGUGCUGGAACAGGCUACCCAUCAGGUGGUAGCUAUAGUGGAUAUGGUGGGCCUGGAGGUCUUUAUCCUGGAGCUGGAACAACUGGUCAGAAACCACCAAAACCAGGAAUUGGACCUGGAGGUGCAGGAAUUGGACCAGGUGGCACAGGAAUUGGACCAGGUGGUGCAGGAAUCAGUCCAGGUGGCACAGGAAUUGGACCAGGUGGAGCUGGAGUUGGGCCUGGAGGUGUAGGAAUUGGAACUGGUGGCACUGGAACUGGAAUUGGAGGAGCAGGAGUUGCGCCUGGUGGAGGAACUGGAACUGGGACAAGCGCUGGGGGCAAAGUCGGAAAGACUGGGAAUGCACCAGUGCCAGGUUUUGGCGGUAGAGGCAUUCUGCCAGGUGUAGCAACGGGAUCUCAAACUGGGCUGCUUGGUCAAGGUGCACUUGGAGCUAAUGCAGGAGGCCGCGGAGGAUUUGGUCAACAAAUACCAGGCGUGUUCCGUGGAUAUCCUCUUAUAUCACCAAAGUCUGGAGGUACAUGUGCAGCAAAAUCUCAGGCUAAAGCUGCCAAGUACGGGGCUGGUGGUGUUCCUGGUAUCGGUGGUGGACUUGGUGUAGGAGGUAUACCAGGUGCAGGGGGUGUUCCAAGCAUAGGUGGCAUACUUGGUGCAGGUGGUGUGCCAGGCAUAAAUGGCAUUCCUGGUGCAGGAGGUGUGCCAGGAAUAGGAGCUGUUCCAGGUGUUGGAGUAAUUCCUGGAGCUGGCGGUGCAACUCCUGGUGUCCUUUAUCCAGGAGCUGGUGGUACCUAUCCUAGGGUUUCAGGGAUAGGAACUGGUGGACUUCCUGGUUCUGGUUUUGGAGUGGGUGGUCUUGGAGCGGGAGGACUUCCUGGUUCUGGUUUGGGAGUGGGUGGUCUUGGAGCUGGAGGACUUCCUGGUUAUGGUUUGGGAGUGGGUGGCCUUGGCACUGGUGGAAUCACUGGACUUGGUCCUGAAGCCCAUCUUGGACAUCCUGGUGGGACUUUAGGUACUGGAGGAGCAGCUGCGUCUGGUGUUGGACUUGGUGGACUACCUGGUGGAGGAACUGGUGGACUUCCUGGCGGUGGUGCUGGAGGACUCCCCGUCUCUGGAAUUGGAUAUGCAGAGGCAAAAGCUCGUAAAUAUGGUCUGCUUGGUGGAGGUGCUGCUUUAGGCCAAGGCACUGGAUUAGUUGCAGGUAUUCCAGGUGUAUUGCCAGGCACUGGUGUCGGAACAGUUGGGGCAGGGGGUAUACCAGGAAUUGGGGCUGGACAAGGAGGUGUCAUUGGUGUGGGUUAUGGUCCAGGAGGUGUACCCGGUGGUGGCCUUGGACCUGGUAGUGUUCCGGGAAGUGCAUUUGGACCUGGAGGAUACGCUGGGGCCAAAGCUCACAAAUAUGGCGUUACUGGUGGAGCUGGUGGAACAGGAUUGCCUGGAGGAUUAGGUGGGUCACUUGGUAGUGGAACAGUGACAGGUGUUGGAACUGCUAGAGGAACAUCAAGUGGAGGAAUUGGACCUGGGGGGGCACCUAUUGGCGGUUAUGGACCAGGAGGGGCACCAAUCGGUGGUUACGGACCUGGAGGGGCACCUGUGGGUGGUUAUGGACCAGGAGGAGUACCUGCUGGAGGAUAUGGACCUGGCUCUGGAGCAUAUCCAGGUGGACCAAAGGCCCUAAAAUAUGGUAGGAUAUUUUAA